AUGGAGAAGGCUUUCCGUUGGGAGAUAAACAACUUUUCCGAAAAUAAAAGUGUGAUGAAGUCAGAUCGUUUCUCAAGCGGCGGCUGCGAAUGGUAUCUUUGUGUUUAUCCCAAGGGAAAAAUUGUAGAUGAUCACUUGUCUCUAUUCCUGAACGUUGUGAAUUUUCGAAAACUGCUACCUGGAUGGAGAAGACAAGCUAGUUUUAGUUUUGUUGUGUUGAAUCAAUCUGGCAAAGUUCUACAUAGAACAGUUGAAAAAGGCAGAUUGUUCUGUGCUGAGGCUCCAAGCUGGGGUAAUUCCAAAAUUUUGCCUCUUACCAAGCUUCAAGAAGAUGGAUUUUUGGAGAACAACAAACUAACCAUUGAAGUCAACAUUAAAGUAACUAAAGUUGCUGACGAAGGAAAAUCAACUGAGAAUGAGAUUGUUGUUGUUCACGGUUUCCAUGUUCUUAAUAGUCAGGUUGUUUCAGUGAGCAACAUGUUUGUGAAGCACCCAGACGUUGCGGUAGAUAUUAGAUCAGAUAUCAGAGAGGUGAAGACAGCAUACAUGAAUAUUCUUCUCGGUCUAGUCCAGACACUAGACAAGCCUCCUCAGAGCUUGUCGGAGACUGAGCUAAGCAACGCUGACAGCGAGUUGAGCGUGCUAACUGAUGCUGGCUUUAAGCUGGAUUGGUUGAAGUCAAAGCUUGAGGAAGUUUCCUUGAAGAGGAAGGAACCAUCUUCUCAUCUCAAAGUUGAACUGGAUAAGGAGAAGAUCGAAUCUACUACUGCUGCUCCUGCUCCAAGAGUUUCUCCGUUUGAGUGCAUAGACGUUUUGAUAAAGAAAUUCUUUUUGGCUUGCUUCGCAGGACACUAA